GUUCGAUCGUGCAUUACAUGAUGAAAAGCUAUAAUAAGUAUCUCAUACUCCGUAAUCCGUAUCUUCAAUAUACGUUUACAUUGAUCGAACAACCAUUUUAUUAAUUUGGCAGUUUAAUUCAUUUUUAUUUAUUUCACGGUUAUUUGGUUAACCGUUAGUGGUUAACCGAAAUUUGGGUUAACCAAUCCCCGGUUAACCGUCAUGGUACCGAUAGAGUGAUAGUUGUAUUGAAAAUAUAUUAACCGAACUAUCAGUUAACAGAAGUUGGUUAACCAAAAGCGGUUAAGCAGCGUGCCCACCCCUUGGUCCUCAGCCAAUCGGCCAUUCCCUCUGUGGAUCACCGAUAUCAAUUCCUUCUAUCUGCUGUCGUGACCUCCUCCGAUCCCACACCGGAAGAGAUUUUAUAACCCGCCAGCCUCGUCAACCUACAUAUCGGAAGACACCCCCCCCAAUUCUUGACUGAAGAGCAGUUUGACAGUAAAAUGCCUUAUGAACCAUCAAUGUCUGCUGAGAAAAGAGGAGCCUCUCCUGAGGCAUUAGCUGAAGAGGUACCAAAUCCGAAGAGAAUAGAACCAUCUGUAUUUGCUGCUUCAGGAGUGCCUCUCUAUGCUUCUUUUACUCAGCUUGUCAAUGAUCCAUCCAUCAAUAAUCUGGCUCAAGAACUAGCAGUAGAUCCGCAUCUUAUUCAGAUGGUAACAGAUCUCCUGGAACCCCUCCAAAACGAUGGAAAUGAACAUGUUAUCUGCAAUCUUGAUGCCUGGAAACAAUUCGCAUCAUUGCAAAUUUGGCAAAAUCAAAAGCACUGUAGAGCAUUGAAUCAGUGUUUGCGACCAUGCCCACUUGAGACCGAUCCAAAGCAAGUUCAAGUGGCUCAACAAAUUGAAGAACAAAUGUCUUGUAUCAAGAAUAAUGCCUCUUUCAAACCUAUAUUAGGAGAUAGAGAGCCUGUUGCUAUGAUGAGGGCGGCAUUGAUAAUUUUGAUCACUUCUUGGAGUGGAAAAGAUGUGAUUGGGGAUCUGCCUGAACCAAUGAAUACGGAUGAGUUGUGUGACAGUGAUACUGGUUGUGAAUCUACAUCUCCUGACAGCGGCUGUGAUAGUGAAUAUAUGACAUCUCUUGACAGUGGCAGUGAUAGUGAAUCUACGACAUCUCUUGACAGUUGUUCCGAGCUCUUAGUAUUCAAGUCAGAGAGUGGUGAAGCAAAUAUGAUUCCUCUACUUGUUUAUGGUCCCUCCCUCAAGUUUUUCACUGAUAAAGUAUUGAAAGAUGAGGCAGCUGUUCAACUUUUAAAUGAGUUUCUUGGUACACUUUUUGUCAAUUCAGAACAUACCUGUAGUAAUCCUGCAUUGGAUCAUUUUGACAAAGUAAAAAAGAUUUGGGGACACCGUGACUUUCUUAGAGUUCUUUUAAAGGAGGAGGGUGUCCCCUAUCCAAUGAAGACAUGUAAGAUUUUAGCUAGCCGCAAACUGACCGAAUUCAUUGUACCUAAGAUUAGGAGUGAUCCUUCAUUUAAAGUUAUUGUUCAAUAUACGGAACCUGCAAGUAUGAUGAGGAGUGCCUUGAGUAUUAUAAUAGGAUUCUGGGCUAAUGAAGUUGCACUUCUUCCAUUGGUUUAUACAAUGGGUGGUCGUGCUUUCGGAGUAAAAAAAGUCAUCGGAGAUGCCCUUCCUAGUUUUGUGAAGGAAGCGAAAACUCAUUCUCCUUUGGGAGAAGAGAGAUGUAAGAAUCAAAUGUGCAUGGAGUCUCCAGCUUGCUGUAUCAUUGCUGAGCUUUGUCAAGAUGAAUCCAUUAGCAAAUUGGCUGACCAACUAACAAAGGUUCCAAAAGCAGUCACCUGGGCGGAAGAAUUCCUAGCAUCUCUUAAGGAUGAUGUUCCGGUAAAGUAUGCUCACUAUUUCAAGUAUAUUGAAAGACAUAGGUGUUCAGCAAUGGAGUUUUGGUUUGAGCCUGUCAUUAUCCUGCAGCUGAUUAAGGCAUUGAAGGAGUCAGCCCCCCUAGUCAAUGUUUUUCACAAGUAUUCAAAAGGAGCACAGCUUUUACGAUGUCAGGAACGAAUGAUUCGUAUAAAUAAAGAUCGUUUGCUGGGGUCGGUUGUUGAGAGUGAUUUUGUUAAUAAGAUGAGGAAAGCCUUGAGUAUUCUAUUCGGGUACUGGAGUGAUAAGGAUGUGACUCUGUUGUUUUCAAUAUUAUUUUCUCUUAGAGGUGAAAAGGAGACAUUUGCUGAUGUUGACUUGACAGAAGAGAGUGUUCAAUGCCUUUAUUAUUUGACCAAUGAUUGUGGUGAUGUCGAGGGUUUGAAGAAUGUGCUAGCUGAUAACUAUCGUGAAGAUUCGGCAGAGUAUAUUGAUCUAUUUGAAAAGAUUAGGAGUAAGGAGCAAAAUGCUAUGAAGCUUGAUAAUGAUACGGAUCUGGCCUAUAUCGUAGUCAUAUUGAAGGGGGGUGACAUACUUUAUUUCAAAAAGACUCCAUGCGGAAGAACGAUGUGACAUACUACGUACUUUAUUUGAAAAAGACUCCAUGCGGAAAUUAAUUUAAAAAAGACUCCUGCUUUGUGAUAUUACGUUGCUAAAGUGCUAAACUAAUGCCAAAUAGGACAAUGCUAAUUCUAGUUGUCUGAUGUCUAGUUGAACAAUAGGUUUUUUUUUUUCAUUAUGUUCAUCUUUAAACACAGAUGCGAUACGUCUCUUUUGUGAAUUUGGCAAAAGCCGUUCUAAAGACAAACAUAAUGAAUAUAUACAUAAAAUAGAGAGUUGAAUGA